ACACAUUCUGCCACUAGAUGUCGCUGUGGUAGUGCAGAGAGCGUCGCAGGCUGAUGACGUUGCUGUGUUGUCUCCUGUCCUCUAUCAGUGGCGGUGCCCAUGUGUGAUCGCAGUGCUGUGUGCCCGGAUCACCUACUGACCUGUCUUCUGUUUUAUAGGGAUAUGAAAACGUAUUAGACGCCACCAAUGGAACCCUUAAAGUUAUCCCGUCUUCUUUCCCGAGCCAAAAUCUUGCUGUCCUGGAGACUUUUAUCUACCGGUGUCUCCGGCUCUCAGAAAGCUGCGACAAGGAAGGAAGAGUUCAGUUCCAGGCUGAGUACAGGCCCAAAUCUUAAAGAGUUUAUUGCUAGCACUACUCCAGCAGCGGCUGUGCCUCCACCUAUAGAAGAUGAUGCACCUCAUUAUAUCACGGACUGUUCUCCACCUCCAGUGAAUAAUAAAGUAUAUUUUGAAACCUAUGGAUGUCAGAUGAAUGUGAAUGAUACAGAAAUCGCCUGGUCUAUCUUAGAGAAAACUGGAUAUGUCAGGAUUAAUACAGCAGCUGAGGCUGAUGUCAUCCUUCUGGUUACAUGUUCAAUCAGAGAAAAGGCAGAACAGACCAUUUGGAACCGUCUAAAGCAACUUGCACAUCUUAAGAAAACUCGAAAUAAAUCCCAAGGUCCUUUGAGGAUAGGAAUGUUAGGAUGUAUGGCAGAACGUCUAAAAGAGGAAAUCCUUCAAAGAGAGAAGCUGGUGGAUGUACUCGCUGGUCCUGAUGCCUACCGUGAUUUGCCUCGACUUCUUGGUGUGGCAGAAACGGGUCAACAAGCUGCCAAUGUCCUCCUUUCCUUAGAUGAGACCUAUGCUGACAUCAUGCCUGUGCAGACUUCUGCAAACAGUAUUUCUUCUUUUGUCUCCAUCAUGCGAGGAUGUGAUAACAUGUGCACGUACUGUAUAGUCCCCUUCACUCGUGGCCGAGAACGAAGCCGUCCAGUCCACUCCAUCCUAGAAGAAAUUAGAAUGCUGUCUGAUCAGGGAGUAAAGGAAGUAACAUUACUAGGUCAAAAUGUCAACAGUUACCUUGACAAUUCUUCAGUCCAGUUCCUUGCUUCAGAAGCGUCUCAUCUGAGCCGUGGUUUUAGUACGGUCUACAAGCCUAAGAAAGGAGGGCUGAGGUUUGUGGACCUUUUGGAUCAAGUCUCCAGAAUAGAUCCAGAAAUGAGGAUACGAUUUACCUCUCCGCAUCCCAAGGAUUUUCCAGAUGAGGUCCUUCACUUACUAAGAGAAAGGCAUAAUAUCUGCAAACAGCUCCACAUUCCAGCUCAGAGUGGAAGUAACAGGGUUUUAGAAGCCAUGCGAAGAGGAUAUAGCAGAGAAGCUUACAUUGAUCUGAUACAUAAUAUAAGGGAGCGCAUUCCAGGUGUGAGCCUCAGCAGUGAUUUCAUUACCGGGUUCUGUCAGGAGACUGAGGAAGAUCACCAACAAACCGUUUCCCUACUAAGAGAAGUGUCCUACAACUCAGCUUUUUUAUUUGCCUACAGCAUGAGGAAGAAAACGAGAGCCUUCCAUAGGCUGAAUGAUGAUGUCCCAGCUGAAGUGAAGAAAAGAAGGCUUGAGGAGCUCAUUGCAGUUUUCAGAAAGGAGGCUGAACGGGUCAACAAGAGAGAAGUUGGGAACAAACACUUAGUUCUGGUAGAGGGAGUCAGUAAACGGUCAUCAGCAGAUUUAUGUGGAAGAAAUGAUGGUAACAUCAAAGUGAUUUUUCCUGCGGCAAGCAGCUCUUCACCGGGGACUGAAGUUCGAGUCAAACCAGGAGAUUAUGUAUCAGUAGAGAUAACGUCAUCUAGCUCACAAAGCCUUAGAGGAAGACUCGUUGGGCUGGCCAGUCUUCAGUCAUCACCUGCAUAUUCCUGACUAUGAGCGCUUUCUUCUUGAUUAAUAAUAGGAUGAAGCUUUUACAUGAUUCAUAACGAGUAUUUUACUGUAUAUUUGUUUCUAAUGUAUUUAUGAUACUUAUAGUAAAACCGAAUGUGUGAAAAAUGAAA